AUGAGCAGUGCUUUAUUGUCUUUGUAUCGAGUGUGGUGGGGUUUAGCAGGCGGUAAGCAGGUUGGAGUGCUUCUCGCCACAACAGCACUUGCGAAGGAAGAUGCAUUACUGAGACGGUUUCCGGACGGGUUUCAGUUUGGUGUUGGUACGUCCGCCUAUCAGAUCGAGGGUGGCUGGAAUGAGGAUGGUAAAGGUGAAUCGAUCUGGGACCGGCUUGCGCACGCCGUACCGUCCAAGAUCGCUGAUGGGUCUACUGGAGAUGUGGCGUGCGACAGUUACCACCAGUGGAAGCGAGACGUUGAGAUAGUGAGAGAGCUUGGCGUGCAGUACUAUCGCUUUUCGAUUUCGUGGCCCCGCAUCAUGCCGACCGGGUUGAGCAAUGCGGUGAACGUGAAAGGGCUGGAGUAUUACAGCAAUCUGAUCGACGAGCUGAUACGGAACGGUAUCAAGCCGAUGGUGACGUUGUACCAUUGGGAUCUUCCCCAACGGUUACAGGAAAUGGGUGGAUGGCUCAACCCGGACAUAGCACAGUACUUCCUCGAGUAUGCGCGGAUCGUCUUCAGUAGCUUCGGCGAUCGGGUCCAGUUGUGGACGACCAUUAACGAACCGUGGCACAUCUGUGAGAAUGGGUAUGGACGGGAGGAGAUGGCACCGGGGUACGAUUUUCCCGGCGUAAUGGCGUACAAGUGUGGCCAUAACGUUUUACGAGCGCACGCAGAAGCGGUCCAUCUUUACCGCACCUCCUUUAUGGAGCGUCAGGGUGGACAGAUCGGAAUCUCGCUCGAUGCUCGGUGGCCGGAACCGGAACAUAUGGUCUCGCCGGAUGAUUUGGAAGCUUCCGACUGGCAGCUGCAGUUCCACCUUGGUUGGUUUGCACAUCCCAUCUUUAGUGCGGAAGGAGAUUAUCCACCAAUAAUGAAGCAGCGGAUAGCGAAUUUAAGCACAGAGCAAGGUUUUCCACAGUCCCGGCUGCCCGAAUUUACGACACGUGAGCUUAACCUGCUGCGAGGAUCGUCGGAUUUCUUCGGACUCAACACCUACACGACGUCGCUGGUGCGCAAGAAUGAUCAGCAGAACUCGGCCGGCUAUCCGGUACCUUCCUACCUCCAUGAUAUGGGCGUAGUAGAAUUUUCUGAUCCCGAUUGGCCCACAGCAGAGGAAACUUCCUGGAUAAAGAUAGUGCCGUUUGGGUUGCACAAACUUCUGAACUGGAUCAAGGACAACUAUAACAGUCCGGUGAUCUACAUAACGGAGAAUGGUAUCGGUUCCGGACCCGGCACGAAAGAUCCGCAGCGUGUGCAUUACUUCAACUACUAUCUGAACGCCGUUCUGAAUGCCAUAGAAGAUGGCUGUGACGUGCGUUUGUACGUGGCUUGGAGCCUGAUGGACAAUUUCGAGUGGCGGGAUGGCUACACACAAAAGUUUGGCCUGUACUACGUGGAUUUCGACGACCCGAAGCGUACACGGUACGGCAAGUCGUCGGCCAAAGUGUUAGAACGCAUCGUGAAAACACACACCAUAGAUUUUGCUUACAUGCCGGAACCCGAUGUAUUCUUAACAGGCUUUAAAGCAGGCGGAUUCUCGCUGCUGCCGGAUCUGUUCGUGUUUGGUUUGACAACCCUGUUGGCGAUGUUUACGCGACGUGUUUAUGCGACGAUUCUCUAG